AAAGUUGGCAGGGCGGUGCACCCCAGGUCCCUCCGCCGCCUCCCCAGCCCCUCCGCACCUCCCUGCUCCCACACGCAGCCGCAGCGGGGCAGGCACAGCUCGGCAUGGGGUGCUGCCAGCGGCGGGGCUCGCACCCCCGACCCGCGGUAGCUCGCUCCCCAAGAGAAAGGGCGAAGAGCCUCCCUCGUGCACCCGAGCGCGGGGCUCUCCGCAGCCCGCGGCACUCACCGAACGACGGCGGCUCCGUCUCCCUCUCGGAGCGGCUCCCUACAGAGCGCUCUCCUCUCCCAGGGGCGGGAGGAGGAGCGGGCGAAGGCAGGAGGUGGGGAAGGGCGGGGGGAGGAGAGCGCGGAUUGAGCCCUCCCGGCUCCUGUCUUCGCGCUCCUUCUCCCCGCCCCGGCCCGCCCCAGUCCGCCCCAGCGGCGCGGCUGGCAGCAAACGGAGGGGAUCGGCGCGGUGUGGUGCUGCGCGGCGGCGCUGCCGGGAAGCGGUGAUGGCCGAUUACUGGAAAUCUCAGCCAAAAAAGUUCUGCGAUUACUGCAAGUGCUGGAUAGCUGACAACAGACCUAGCAUUGAUUUUCAUGAAAGAGGAAAGAAUCAUAAAGAAAAUGUGGCAAAAAGAAUUAGUGAGAUUAAAAAGAAAAGUUUGGAAAAAGCAAAAGAAGAAGAAAACAUGUCAAAAGAAUUUGCAGCAAUGGAGGAGGCCGCAAUGAAAGCCUAUCAAGAGGAUAUGAAAAGGCUUGGAAUUAAGCCAGAUGAUGUAGGUCCCAGUUCGACACAGAGUAAAAUGCAGAGUAACACAGUGGAAACUAAAGGAAAGAAAGAAAAGAAAGAGAAGAAGGAAAAGAAAGAAAAGAAAAAAAAGUCAUCUCCGGACUCCUCAGUGUCAUCAAAAACUGAAAUGAAGGAGUGGGUGCAAGGAUUAUCUCCCGAAGGCUAUACAUACUAUUACAACACCAAAACAGGAGAAUCACAGUGGGAGAAACCUAAAGGAUUCCAAGGCAACUCUCCAAACUCAAAAGCGGCAAUGGAGUGGGUAGAGGGUAUCACUGAAGAUGGUCAUACUUACUACUACAACACACAAACAGGAGUAUCCACAUGGGAGAAACCAAGUGGUUUUGUUUCAUCUUCAACUGGGAAGAGUCAAACAGAUUCCAAAACAUCUGAUUCAGACUCAGAAGACAGUGAGAAUGAAGCACAGAGUUUGGAAACAAAUUCCAAGAGGAAACGAGAUAAUGGUGAAGAAUCAGAGGAAGGGAAAAAGUCUCCCAGAGCUAAGAAGUUAAGUCCUUACGGGAAAUGGCGAGAAGUUAAGUCAGAAGAAACUGCUGAUAAAGAGGAGAGUUCAUCCCCUUCCCAAGAAGCCUCCAGUGACACAUCCAGCAAGACCAAUCCUUAUGGAAAAUGGAAAGCAAUUCCAGAGAAAGAAGAAAAGGAGGAGGAAGAACCGAGUGAAAAAGUGGACCUGGAGCUUCCUAGUACAGAGAGUGACAGUCUGCCACCCCCAGUGGCAGAGGAUCCAGACGAUGCGACAGUGAUAUUUAAAGAGAAGACAGUCACCUCCCUUGGAGAGCUGACAGAAGGGGUGCCAACAUUUAAAAAGAGGAAAUUUGAAAAUGGAAAAUCUAGGAACUUAAGACAGAGACUGAGUGAUCAGUAACACUUAACAAAUAAUACUUGAUUCUGUUGAAGCAAGAGUGAAUCAAAAGUGUAAUAUUUUAAACAGGCUUUUAUAAAGAAGAUGUUGGAUAGAAAUUAAGGAUUUAUAGGGAUUGAAACAUGUGAGUUGUAAUAUUUUUUAAUUCUGUUUUGAUGUGAUUGAUCUUGGAAUGGAAGUCUCUGUUCUGUUACUUAUGCAAUAUUGUAAAUACAUCUAUUUUACCCGUACAAUCUAAGUUCAGUUUGCUCUGGGUAUGCUGUUUUAAAUACAUUGCAUAAGGUUUUUUACUCCUUUUCUGAGAGAACGUAGUCAUCCUUAAUCUGGCAGAAAGGAUGCAGACCUUUUGUUUUCUCACAGAGUAACUGGAUCAAUGACAUGUACUAGAGAGUAAGAUCAUAUUCUAAGAUUGAUUAUGUGGAGUAGUUCCCCAGCUAAUGAGUAAAAGUACUGUGCUUACUAACCUUUGGCUAAUCACUUGCAGAAGAGUAGGUGGUGAGACUGCCAGCAUUUCACAGUGAUCCUUUGAUGAAAGCUGUUUCUAGAGGAGUUAGUCACAUCAGUGCCACUCAUUCCAAGUGACGUCUGGAAAACCAUUUGUGUACAUGCACAAUAAAUGUGUUAAACCUCUGCAGAAGGUUUAAACAGGAUGAAUCUUAACUUUCUGUAACAGCCCCAGAGCCUGUUGGAGCAGGUAUUUCUGUGGUGUCUUCCUGCUGUAUUUUGCUUUAUUGUUGUCUGUGCUUGAGCUUUUCCUUCUUUUUGCACAUCAAGUUUUCUUUUUUUGGUCUUACUUUCUUUUUUAUCUCUUUUGCUGACAUGACACAAUGUCCCUUUUGUGACAAAACAUUCCAAAGACCUGGCCCUGCUACAGCAUGUAGAACCCUUUUUGAGGUUUAUGGAUUUUGUCUGUUGGUAAGAGGAGUGUAUCGAAUAGUUGCAGUGACUGACUAAGCUGAGAGGGGCUAAGUGUAUCGAAGUUUCAUCAAGAAGCACCAUAAGAGAGAAAACAGAAGAUGGAUAAGUGGAGCUGAUGGCUGUACUGUCCACGAUGGCUUGGACAUUUUCUUAAGGCCUGUAGGUUUGAUUUCUUCACUAGGUGGGAUUGCUCUGCAUUUAGCAUGAUCAGGAUUCAUUGUGAAAGGAUACAGCUCCACUCAUUACUUCUCCAGGUGUCAGACAGUGGACCACAAAUGUUCAAAUCAUGAACCCACUAAAAAAUAUGUCUCUUUCUAAAAGUUUGUGGUGUUUUGUUCAGGAGCAUCAUAGCCAAAACCAAAGGGUGCACUUAAAACAGUUGUCAGAGUCCAGCUGCAGCAAAAUGGAGUUGGUAACUUUUGAGCUUAAACUUCCCAGAGAAAACAACUAUUAAUCCAUCCUAUCAGCAGAGAAAGGAGUGUGAGACAGAGAAUCUGUUUAUCAUGUCUUACAAAGGACACCAAGGUUUUUUUUCUAUUCUUUGUUGUUCUGUCUAUGUGUAGAGGAGAAUUGAGUAUUGUGUUUAACCCCGUGUGUUUCUCUGGCUGCUUGUAUUUCUUCUGAUGUUUGUUUUGAGAAAUUUGAAAGUUUCCUGUAAUACCCAGCCCUGGAUUGUCAUUUAGAGAUGCUGGAUGUGUGCUGGAUGCUCUCAUACAUUCUUGCAUACGUGCAGGAAUGUACAGCAAGUACUCUAUAUGAAAGACCUCACAUGCCAAGCUAGAGCAGAAGUGUCCUUUCUGCUGAGGAGGGGUUGUCAGGUUUAUUUAAAAAGCAGUUUUCAGGUUUUGUUUAUGUCUGAACACUACUGCAGCAGCUUGGAGCCUCCGUGUGUUUGUAACAAGUUUAUGUGCAUUUCCUCUCAAUUUACACAAGUAUUGUCCUUCAGCUAACUAGCUUUCCCUCCUCUUGAAUCCAUCAUGUCUUUUCAGCAUCGCAUAACACGUCUUUGUGUGGCACUCCACCACCACUGCUUCUCUUCACCUAUUCCAGCCUGAGUUUGCCUGGGCUCUGUGUUCAAGGAAGAUUAAGGCCAUGGGUGAUGUCACUAAUACUUCCUUGGCCUACUGGAAGCGACUCUUGAUACAUGUGGCCCUAGACCACAUUUGCCUUUCAGAUGACUGCAUCAUGCCGCCUGCCAUUGGCACCCUGUGAUUUUCCAGUACAGCCAGCUCUUUCUGCUGCUCUGCCAUUGCCAGCUGCCACAUUAACAGCUGAUCCUGCUUUCCUUCCAAGCACAAUCAUUUUUUUCCUUACAAACUUGUUUUGUACUGCUGUACUCAUCUAUUUCUGUUACUCCAAGCCUAAAGUGUGUACAUUUCUUUAGAAGCUCUGUAAAGUGAUUUCAUUGUUUAUUGGCACAGUAGUAUAGGAGUUUUAUUUGUAGGCUCCACUUUUAAAUCCUGUGAGGAGCUUAUCUUUUCUCUUAUAGUGAGGUUCCCAAAAUAUUAACAUCUUUCCUUAAAAAUUUUGUCACAUUGGUCAUUGGCAGUGAUUUAAGAUACCUGUAACUAAGCUGCCCAAGGAGGUGUUUGAAACCAUUUGAAAGUAAGUGUUCCAAACUUGUUUCCUUGAGGAGCUGCUGCUAGUUGUAAUAUCAAGCAAAGGUCUUUGUCAAGUACGGUGUUAAAUAGACAAACCAAAGCAUUAGUGGAAAAGAUACUAAACGUUCUCUUUGUUCACUGAUAGUAAAGUUGGUUUAAAUACCAUACACUUGCUUUUGCUGAUGGAACUUCUAAAGCCUGUGUUUCACAAAGAAAUAGAGCUCUCCACUCCCCACUGCCUUUGAGUUUGAGGAGAGACGAGUUCAUUCUUUGUCUUUAAAUUACAGUAAGGGCCAGUUGAAUUAAAUGGGAUCUAUCCAAAGCCAGCGUUUAAUUUUGCACUGUGCUGUCACUCAGUUUCCUUAUUGUGUAUCUAAACCAAGUAUUUCUGAUACAAACACACUUUUGUAAGAUUUAAGGGAGACGCUGCUUUUGCAGGACACGGGUUCUGUGCAGAUCCCUCUUCCUCCUGUGCUAUCUCCCUGCAAAAUCUUCUGCCUUUGGAAUUUGCCGUAGGAAUCCUGUAGGUAUUACCACAGUUAUGCUCCUCAUCUGCUAAUCCUGCCUCGGCUGCACUGGCCUUCAGUAAAGGAAUGUUCCUUUUACUGUUUGAGAAGAACAGUGCUACCAGAGGAAAAGUGUUGUGUUUCCUCGCUAACCAUUUUCUGUCAUGCAGCAUGUUUUUAAGUGCUUGCCUCCUUUUAUUGCAAGCUCCUGGUUUUGUAGGCUGCUGUGGAUAUUGUUAGCAAUACGAGGAGAGUCAGAGAGAAAAGGGGAGUCACUCCAGUGUCUGACAAUGGCUUCAUUUGUGUGGGUUUGAGCAAGUCAGUUCUGUAUUUUUCCUUCCUCACCUCAUCUCUCCCGUCUUGUCUGUCUAAAGACAGAUUCGCAGUACAGGAUGCUUUUCUUUGGGGUGUGUGUUUUUUAUAGUAGGGUCUGUCUAAAGCUGGUGAUGCUUUUAGAAGCAAACGUAUUGCAUAUACUUUGAUAUGCAGUUGAUGCAUAUCAAUAUAUUGCUGUUACUUUGAUGGGCAUUUCUUUAUACCAGGAGCUGUGCAGAGACCUGCUUAUUUGACCCAGGUUAUAGAAUACUCCUUGUUCCUCAUUAGGUGAAGCCAAAUUUUAACCCUCCACCUGGGAAUUUGUAGAUUGAAAUCCAGAUUUUCCCAGUAGUGUAAAGUUUGCUUUGUGUUUGGCUAUCAUAGAGAAAAUCUGUGCUGUGGCAUCAUCCAGUCCCAGUGUUCAGAUUAAGAAGGUGGGAAGCCUGGUCAUGACAUGGAUCCAAGUUAAAUUCACCUGUGCUUGUAUAAAAACUUUUGUCCUUUAUCCUUUUUUCUUCUUUUUCACUUGAAAAAUAUGUUACUUCAGUGCAAAUUUUGGUAUCUCAGAAAGGGAGUAAAAAACUUUCAUGUUUCUUGGUUUCCUUGAUUAGCUUUUUGAGUUGUGCCUCCCCUUUUUAGUACUUGUUUUAUUAUUGCUAUCUUCUUCAAAUAGUCUUCCUCCAGUAUUCCCAGCUAUGCAAGCCUCCACAUCACCGCUGUGCUGUAUCUCCAGCAUCUCCCUUCACUUCACCUCUGCUCCACUGGGAUUUGGGGAAGCACCAUGCUGUCUUAUGCAGGCCACCGUGUCUCCCCAUCCCAGCUCCUGCUGCGUGUUUGCAUCAUGCCCUGGAGAGGUACAACCUUAUCUACUCUCAAACAGCCAUAAGCUGUUUCAACCCCAUGUGCUCUUCUGAUUUCCUCACUGAUCCUUCUUCCUGAGACAGAUCCCAUUCUUCCUGUGGGGUUUUUAAUCCUUGUGCUGGCUGGUACAAAAGCUGUCUCUGUACCUUCUGCAGCAACCCUUUGGUUCUGCUUUGUCAGCUGUUACCUCUUCAGUCUCUCUUGUAUCUACCUCUUAAGUCCUCUUUACCUUCUGCCCAUUUAACUUAGAAGUCGUGUGAAGUGUUUGUGUGACAAACAAACAGAUUGAGCUUUGUGAAAUGUUUUGGGAUAUAGCUUGAAUAUAAAGCUUCUUUACAGAGCAAAAAGCGUUGCAAAUAAUAUUCUGAAAAAGGCUGCAUCUGCCCCAGAGGGUUCUCAGACAGUGUCACCAAACACAGGUUUGACUUUACCUGUAGAAGUAAACACAGCCCAUGUUAAAACCCAGCAGAAAGCAUUACACAGACUGGGGGCUGAAGAGAGAGAAUGUUAAUGGCUUCAUUACAGAGGGGGAAGUGCACAGGAGCAGGUGAAUGAGAAGUUAGUGGUUUAGUUUAUAGGUAUCUUCUGCAACAUUAAACAGUGGGUUUCUCUUUAGAAGCUUCUCAGUUGCAAUUACAAAUAUUGCAAGCUCUUGAAGUGGAGUUUAUAUGAAGACCCUGAAUAAAGCUUUCAUUUGAACCAUC